AAACGCCUUCAUUCCAACAAUUUCAUGUUUCAUGAAUUUCAUAUACUCUGUCUCUUUCCCUCUCUCUCUAAACCUUCUUUGCUGAUCGCUUUCUCGCCUUUUCUCGCCGAUUUUCCUUCCCGCCAAACACUCCGUGUUCCCCUUCGCCGCCGCUUCGCCGAUCCUCGUUAUUCUCGGAGCUCUCUCUCGUUUCUCAUUCCUAUUCGGUAGUCUAGUAAAAUUGCUUGGUAAGCUUUUGUGUGAACAGAUGCCAAUUGCAAAACUCAAAGCCUCUGGCACUCCAGAUGUGAUGAAAACCGAAGACAGAAUAGAUACCUUAAUCAGACAGGCAAUUGGCAAAGAACCUUUCAUUCCUUUUCCAAGGGCCAGUGAAAGCCCUGUACAGUGGAUUCAAUUACUCCAUGCUUUAGAUCCGCAAGGUGUCAGCAAUACUUUUUCAGAAUUUCCUGGGUGGCCUUUGUUCUCUCCUCUGAAGGUUCAGUUGCAGAAGUGUGACAAAUGUUCUCGAGAGUUUUGCUCCCCCGUUAACUAUAGAAGACAUAUACGUGUACAUCAUCGGUUGAAAAAGCUUGAUAAGGAUUUUACAAAAACUAAGGAUCUUUUAGGAGCAUAUUGGGAUAAGCUCUCCGUAGAAGAGGCAAAGGAAGUUGUAUCAUUCGAAAAUGUGCUGCUGGAGGAAGUUCCAGCUUCUUCAAUUUUAAAAUCUCUGACAACUUUUAUUCAAAACCAAGGAUUUUAUUCUUUUCCUCAGUAUUAUCUGAUGGCUGGUGCUGCCCUUUUGGAUAUUGUUCAAUCUAAACCUUCCUGCUUUCCUAUAUCUUCCCAGGAGUUGUUCAGCAUCCUUGAUGAUGCUAGUGAAAAUACUUGUUUAUGUGGGACAGCAGAAUCAAUGCAAAGAUAUGUAUUUGAUGGAGAGGCUGGAAAAAUUGGUCUUGAACCAAAAAACCUAGUUGCUUGCACAAGUUUCUUGCUAGAACAGAAAUUGGUGAAGGCAUGGCUUGCGGACAAGGAUGCUGAAGCACUAAGGUGCCAAAAGCAAUUGGUGGAGGAGGAAGAAGCUGCUCAGAAAAGACAAGCUGAGAUUUUGGAGAGGAAACGCCAGAAGAAGCUUAGACAAAAAGAGCAGAAAGCUAGGGAACAAAGACACCAAGCUGAGGCAGAAAUUAAAGGCGAUAUUGACAGUACUGUAAAGGCUUUAUCACCGGCAGAAGCAUCUUUAGAUACAUACAAUUUUGAAGCUCAUAAUCCAAGUACAUUUUCAGAUAACGCAGCUUCACCUGUACCUUUCCAAUGUCCUGACACCAGUGAAGAAAUAAAUGGGGAUAUUCAUUCAGAGUCUGAAACUAUCACUGAUCAGGAUAUUGUGAGACAGUCAGCACAUGGACAUAAACAUAAGCGCCAAGCAGUUGCCAGACAACAGGGGCUGCCAAAAUUACAAUGGGCUGUAGCCAAUGGUUUGCAUACAAAGCAGAAUUCUCCAGUGUCAAAACUUGAAAUCAAUCAGAAAUAUGGAACCCACUGUGAUCAAAAGGCAUCUUCUAUAGUUAAUGGUAGCAAAGUAUGGACUCGGAAGUCUAAAACCGAAAUUGACAAGGUGGUUUUAAAAACCAUAAAAGAGAAGGAACCAGACCAAGUUAAGAAUCAAGAAGUCUUAAUAGGAUCUAUAUCUGUUAAUCUUAGCAAUUGCAGCCAAUCAGAGGGUAAUAUGGUGGCUUCUCAAAAGGACUUCAUUGUUGAGAAUAUGGGAAAGCAGAAUAUUUCUCGGGAUAAGCCAAUGAAAACUGAUCUUGCCAUGGGUGACAACAAUCGCUCAACAGUCAAGUUUUGGAGGCCAGUUAGCCGGCUUGAAACUAAAGAUCCACUUCCAGUUCAAAGUGGCGGGACAAAAGUUGAUGCAGUUCAUGAAAAUGGUCAAAACUUGUCAGGUCCAAGUUCUUUAAGGGUGUGUACUGCUGCCGGUGGUGAUAUUGGUUUUGCUAAGUAUUUCUCCCAUACAGAGGAUAAAGCAGAUCCAGGAAGCUUCUGGUUCGACAUCCAGGCUGCAAAAGCUUUCCUUGCACAAAGGUGGAAGGAAGCUAUCUCAUCAGAACAUGUGACAUUGGUUAUUUGCCCCGACUCGGAACCUCCUGGGUGCGAGGAGAUACAGGAUUUGAAAACAGCAGCAUGUCAAUCUUCUGAUAUGGAUGGAUGUGACAUUGUGGCAAAUGCAGAUAAAAGAUUGCCUGCAACCUCCAAAGUUGCGAAAUCCAAACCCAGGUUGAAGAAGUCUGAAAAGGGAACCAAGAUAAAGUAUAUUCCGAAACAGAAGACAAAUACCUAGUGUGAAAGAAUAAAUUGGAGUUGUUAGUUAUACAGAUAUACAGAGUUUGACUUUGUUGCCAAUUUAUGUUAGCAGAGGUCCAAGUUUUACCGGAUGGUCUUCUGUCAGAAUGUUGAAAGUAGGUUUUUGCCGGAAAAUCUUUACAUUCCGCCCCUGUUGUCCGAAAGAUUUCAUAUGGGAUUUUGGCUAGUUAGAUUCUUUUUACUUGUUGAAUUAUUACCUUUUUUUUUUUGUAAUAAACUUGUUUGAUUUCCGUACAGGUUGACUUUUUAUGAUGCAUUUGUCAUCAUUAGGCAAGAUUUUUUCUUCCAUUCUUUUUUGGCAUAAUUGUCUAAAUUUUGCUUGUAGUAAUUCUAUUAUUUGGGAUAAUUCAAAAAUCCCUAUUUUUUUAGCCUUA